AUGGCGGAGUUCGAAAAACCAGCAAUUUUAAAACUGGACGGAGACGUGGAGUCAAAUUUCGAAUUAUUUCGACAAGAAGUCGAGAUAUUCUUCACAGCAACUGAAACCACUAAGAAAUCGAAAGAAACUCAAGUUGCUAGACUUUUGAACAUAAUGGGUGCAGAAGCUAGAAAAAUAUAUUUCCAAAUAAAAGAUGACAUCGAAGAACAAACAGUAAGUGCAAUAUUGGACGCACUGAAACUAAGAUGCAUACCAAAAAGAAAUCUGGUAAUGUCUCAAUUCAAAUUUUUUCAAAGAAGGCAAAACCAGUCAGAACCGUUUGACAAAUAUUAUACAGACCUAAAAGAACUUGUAAAACAUUGUCAGUUCAAAGAUGCUGAAAAACAGUUGUUGUGUACUCAAAUUGUAUUGGGUAUUCAAAAUAAAGAAACUCAACAAAAGCUACUAGAGAAAAAUAUGGAUUUAGAGCAAACUGUGCAGUUCUGUCAGUCCAUUGAAUUAUCGGAGAAAAGUAGACACGAGAUCGAAUUAACAGCAGUCAUCGGCAAGGAAGGGGUAUCAGUAAACAGAGCAGAAGUUAAGUCGUUCAAGCAGCAUCAUAACAAGGAUUUUAAAGGUUGCAAAAAUAAAAAAGUGAGAACAGUAGAUAUUGAAAAAUCAGACAGUAGUGAUGAGUACUUUAAUAUUAAUAGCAUAGCUAGAGUUCUUAAUGAGGAAAAUAACUUAGCAAAGGAAAAAUGGACACAAGUAAUACAAAUUAAUAAUUUGAAUGUGGAAAUAAAACUUGAUACAGGAGCUGAAGUUAGUAUAUUACCCUAUAGUUUCUAUAAAAGUUUGAUACCAAAGCCUACAAUUGAAAAGUGUGAAGUAAGAAUAGAAACAUUUGGAGGAUAUUUAAUAAAGCCAUUAGGUACAAUAUGGGUAGAAUGUCAAGCUCAAAGUGAAAUGAAAAAAAAAGGAAAAUUUCUUGUUGUUAAUGAUACAGUUAAACAUGGGAAAUGUAAAAAAAAAAUAGAGGCAAUACUUGGCUCAGAUUUGUGUAAAAAAUUGAAUCUAGUUAAAAGAGUGCGAGCGAUUAAGAAUGGAGAUCAAUUUAUUAAUAAUAAUAUUGAUGUUUUUACUGGUUUAGGUUUAUUUCCUGAAAAAUGUAAAUUGGUUUUAAAAGAAAAUGUUAGUACUGUUAUAAACACUGCAAGAAGGGUUCCACUGUCUAUAAAAGAUAAGUUAAAAAAUACAUUAGACCACUUAGUUAAAAUUAAAGUGAUAGCUACUGUAAAUGAACCUGUUGACUGGAUAUCAAAUAUAGUAAUAGUAGAAAAACCAAAUAAAAAAUUACGUAUAUGUCUAGAUCCUCAAGAUCUUAAUAGAGCACUCAAAACUGUCAAAUAUCCAAUACCAACAUUAAAAGAAAUUAUACCUAAAUUAAAAGGAAAAAAAUGGUUUACGGUAGUUGACCUCUCUGAUGGUUUUUGGCAGGUAGGUCUUGAUGAUGAAUCAAGCAAAUUAUGUAAUUUUAGUACUCCAUUUGGAACUUAUAAAUUCUUGAGACUUCCCUUUGGGUUAAAUGUGUCACCAGAAAUUUUUCAAAGUUUAUUAAAUAAAUAUUUCUCUAGUAUAAAAAACCUAGUAAUAUACUUUGAUGAUAUAUUGAUAAGUGCAGACACUAAAGAGGAACACGAUACCAUACUAAAUCAAGUAGUUCAAAUAGCAAGAGAAAAUAAUAUAAAACUAAAUAAAAAUAAAAUACAAUACGGUUUGAAUGAAGUUAAAUUCUUAGGAUUUUUAUUCAAUGGAGAUGGAAUGCGUCCUGACCCACAGAAAGUAAGAGUAAUAAAUGAACUAAAAGAUCCUUUAAAUAAAACUGAACUUCAGAGAAUUUUAGGCAUGGUAAACUAUGUAAGAGAAUUCAUACCAAAAAUGUCAGAAAUAAUAUCUCCUCUAAGAGAGUUGCUUAAAAAAGAUAAAAUUUGGGUCUGGAGUGAGAGACAUUCAGCAGUAUUAAAAGAAGUAAAACGAUUAAUAUGUAACGCCUCCACUUUAACUAAUUUUGAUCCUAAUAUAAAAGUAGAAAUACAAUGUGAUGCAUCACAGGAUGCCAUUGGGUGUUGUUUACUUCAAAACAAAAAACCAGUAUGUUUUCUCUCAAGGUCCUUAACAGAUACAGAAAAAGGUUAUGCCCAAAUCGAAAAAGAAUUAUUAGCAGUGACGUAUUCUUGUCAAAAACUACAUAAUUACAUUUACGGAAAUGAUAAUAUUAUAAUUUAUACUGAUCAUCAGCCUCUAGUUAGCAUAAUUAAAAAAGGUUUGGAUAAAAUACAAAACAAUAGAAUCAAAAGACUAAGAAUGAAAUUAUUUUUAUAUAAAUUUGACUUAGUGUAUCUACCUGGCAAGUAUAUGUACAUUGCUGAUCUUCUAAGCAGAAAUUUUAAAACUGAUAAUACUGUGACAGACGAUGAAAGUAUGAAGGAUAAAAUACACACAGUAAAAGUGGGGGAAAUCAGAUUUAGUAAGGAGAAAAUUAAUGAGUAUAAGCAAAACAUGUUGGAGGACGAAACGUUAAAAAUGGUAACUGAAUUUUAUAAGAGUGGAUGGCCUAAAAGUCUUAGUAAAUUAGAGAGAAAUUCAGAGUUAAUACAUUAUAGUAAACUAAAAAAUGAAAUAACAAUGGAAGAAGACCUCUUAUACUGGAAUAAUAGAUUAUUAAUCCCUAAAAAAACUAGGAGAGAGAUAUUGGAGUUGCUUCAUGAAACACACCUAGGAGUUCAUAAAACAAAACUUAAAGCAAGACAGCAUUGCUAUUGGCCAGGUAUUAAUAGUAAUAUUGAAAAUUUUGUGUUGAGUUGUACUAUCUGUCAACAAAUUUCCUAUAAUAAUACUAAAGAGCCGUUAAUUCAACAUGAAAUACCUGAAAUACCAUUUUUAAAGCUAGGAGCAGAUAUAGCAGAAUGGGCCGGAAAAAAAUAUUUUGUAUUAGUCGACUAUUAUUCCAAAUGGUUAGAAGUAAUACCAAUUAGAAACGCAAAUAGUGCUACUCUAAUAAAUUGUUGCAAGGAAAUAUUUGCAAGAUUUGGUAUUCCCACAGAACUAAUAGCCGACAAUAUGCCAUUUGAAAGCUAUGAAUUCAAACAAUUUAGUGUAGAGUAUAAAUUUAAAAUAACAACAUCUAGUCCAUAUUAUCCCCGUAGUAAUGGGUUAGCUGAAAAAUUUGUAGGAAUUGCUAAAAAAAUGAUAAAAAAAAGCAUUAUGGAGAAAAAAGACUUACAAUUAUUUCUUUUAAACUAUAGGAAUACACCUGUAUUAAAUAGUAAAUACUCACCAGCACAAUUACUAAUGUCUAAAGUAUUAAAUACAAAACUACCAAUAAAAAAAGUAAUAUUAAAGCCAAGAGUAGUGUAUGCAAAAGAGGAAUUUAAGAAGGCAAAACUGAACGCAAAGACUUAUUUUGACAGAACAACAAAAGAAAGAGAAGAGUUUGAGGUUAAUGAACAGGUCUUGGUAAGAGACAUUAAAAAGAAAGAGUGGGUAAAAGGUGUAAUAAUUAAAAAAUUGGAAGUGCCCAGGUCCUAUAUAGUUGAAAUAAACAAA